AUGCGUCAUCUGAGCGCAGCCAUUAAACGUGAUGUGAAAAACAUUGAUUUGUACGAGUUACAGAUUGUGACCUAUCUUCAGCGGGAGAAAAUCCGCGAAGCUCGUGCAGCCGUUGCCAUUUGCAUGCAACACCUUCCAAAUUCACCUAGAGCACGUGUUCUUAAAGCGCAAGUAUUACUCGCUACUCCAAGUGGUAAAGAGGAAGCACAAACGAUUUUGGAGGAGGUAGUGUUCGCCCAUCCUUAUCUUCUUGAAGCUGUGUGGCUUCUCAUAAGUCAGUAUGACAGUACCCACAACUACCAAAAAGGCACAGAAGUUUUAAAGAAACUAACGGAGAAUUCAAUGGUUCCUUUCCAUUCGAUGGGCCGAUUACACCAUCAGCUUGGCGAGUUCUUGUCAAAAACAGGUAUGCCCGCAGCGGCAUAUCAUCAUACCAACCUCGCUCUCACAAAACAGUGUGAAGAGGCAGCGGUUCAGAUGACACAUUUGGAGCCGGCGUUGUCAUUUCACACACCUCCUAUGCCAACUACUCCUACAUGUGCUCCGUCCGAAUGUCCUGGAGCGCCUCGCAUCCGUGGAAGACAUCGGCAUGCGACACCUGGUUCAACCGCAUCCACAGUUGCCGCUGACUCCGACGGACGUGGUGUGCGGCUGUUUUCAUUUGAUUCUCCAAUGGAUGAUACAAGCGGUGAAGCGAUGGAUGUCCCUUCAGAAUGA